ACGAUGUUUUCACUGCCAAUCCAACCAGGAAGUGUUUGUGUGUGAGAAUACAGUUCUCGUUUGGACGCUUAUUGUUUUUUUUUCUUUUUAAUUUAUGUGUUGUGCAACGGUGGUGUAUAGAAUUUUAAAGUAAUUCAACACAUUCGACAAUUUGCGGAUAUAUAUUUUAUUGCUAAUAUGAAUACAGACGUGGAGUUUCACAUCAGGCAAAACUACCCUUGGAACAAGCUGCCAGCGAGUGUCAAACAGGGCCUUGGUAACUCGCAGCGAGAGUAUGAGAAGCAUGUACUGCUUUAUAGUAUCCGCAAUCAGUUAAGGUUCAGAAACAAUUUGGUGAAACAUAUGAAGAAAGAUGAACGUAAGUACUAUGAAGAACUCUUGAAGUACAGCAGAGAACACCUCAUGCUGUACCCUUACCACCUGUCUGACAUAAUGGUGAAGGGUCUGCGAGUCACACCAUUUUCAUACUAUAUUGGAAUAAUGGAGGACAUCAUGAAUAGUGAAAAAAGUUAUGACUCUUUACCAAACUUUACUGCUGCUGAUUGUUUAAGGCUUCUUGGAAUAGGGAGAAACCAAUACAUUGACCUUAUGAACCAGUGCAGGUCUUCUAAAAAAUUUUUCAGGAGAAAAACUGCCCGAGAUCUGCUCCCAGUGAAGCCAGUAGAGAUUGCAGUGGAGCCCUUGUGGGUCAUGCAGGUGGGAUACAUCACAGAGGAUGAUAUCAGGAUUUGUUCUUUGGCGGAGAAGAGUGCAAUUGAUAAACUGAUAGAUUCAGGGCCCCAGCUGGCUGGAUCAGUGGAAUACAAUGCUGUUCUCAGUUUGUAUAAUAAAGGCUUCAUUUACCUUGACGUCCCCAUUUCUGAUGACAGCUGUAUUGUAGUGCCUCCAUUGGAAGGAUUUGUGAUGAAUCGAGUCCAGGGUGAUUAUUUUGAAACACUUCUCUACAAAAUUUUUGUCUCUAUUGAUGAGUACACCAAUGUUUCAGAGCUUGCUAACGUACUGGAAAUCGACUUGUGUCUCGUGAAGAAUGCUGUGUCUAUGUACUGCCGCCUGGGCUUUGCACUUAAAAAAGGUCAAGUAAUAAAUCCAGAUCAGCUUCACCCAACAUGGAGGAAUGUUCCAUCUGUGAACAGACUGAAAGGUACUAUGGACCCACAGAAGAUGCUCCUAACUUGGGAAGGUGGAAGUCCUGUACUAGAAGCUACAUCAUCACAUAAUGAUACGGACAUCACAAGUCAGGAGGACAAAGCAGACACAGCCAGUGUGAGCAGUCUGAGCAUGCCCAGUGGUCAUACAAAAAGAAUUGCCUUCCUGUUUGAUUCAACACUCACAGCCUUUUUAAUGAUGGGGAAUUUGUCACCGAAUUUGAAAAGCCAUGCUGUCACUAUGUUUGAAGUGGGGAAACUCUCGGAUGAAUCGUUAGACAGUUUUCUGGUGGAACUUGAAAAGGUCCAAAGCACAGCUGAAGGGGAAGCCCAAAGAUAUUUUGACCAUGCACUCACACUCAGAAAUACUAUAUUGUUUUUGCGCUAUAAUAAGGACUUGGCCCCAGACCUUGAACAGCCAAAUAACGGAUUUCCUCUGGAUCUGCUGCGCUGUGAGAGCCUGCUUGGCCUGGAUCCUGCUACCUGUAGCAGAGUGUUGAACAAGAACUACAAACUACUAGUUUCCAUGGCACCUCUCAGUAAUGAAAUACGUCCAAUCAGCAGCUGCACACCUCAGCAUAUUGGACCAGCUAUUCCAGAAGUCAGUUCAAUCUGGUUUAAACUGUAUCUGUACCAUGUGUCUGGACAAGGACCACCUUCACUGUUGCUGUCAAAGGGAUCAAGGCUUCGGAAACUUCCAGACAUCUUUAAGGAUUAUGAUCGACUGCUGAUUACGUCAUGGGGUCAUGACCCUGGUGUGGUUCCCACAUCCAAUGUGCUAACCAUGCUAAAUGAUGCCUUGACCCAUUCAGCUGUAUUGAUACAAGGCCACGGUAUCCAUGGCAAUGGAGAAACUGUACAUGUGCCAUUCCCAUUUGAUGAAGAAGAGCUAAAAGGAGAUUUCUCCCGCACAAACAUGUGUGGUCACAAAGCGUUAAAGGCUUUGAGAGAAAAAGUGAACCUGGAUUACUUUUCUGGAUAUGUUACCAUGUUGAACCCCAACAGUAGGCAGACCAGAAGGCUUAGUGACUCCUCUGAAGGAAAAGGUGAGCUUACUUCAGGAUCUGAUGUACAUGGCAGUACAGAAUCCUUUGAGCUGGUUGUUGAAGUAGGUGGUUCAGAAGCAACAAUAGAAGAGGAAUGGGUUCCUUUGGAAUUAUGCUUUGGAAUUCCACUCUUUCAAACUGAACUUAAUAUGAAAGUCUGUCAGAAGAUUACCUCCCAUGGACUUUGUGGCAAGGAAAGCCUAGAGAAACUUUUACAUUCCAGCAGAAAACUGUCUUUGAAGGUUCUGAGCUUCAUCCAGUCAUUCCAGGAAUGUGAAACAUCUCUGGAUACUGGCUCUGACUGCAGUGCAGCCAGUUUACUGAAUCAGUGCCCUUCAUCCUCUGAUGCUGGGGUUCCAUUCCCUGCUCAGAACCUAAUCUUCAAGGAUGGAUAUCUCUCAGAGUGGAGUGGGCGGGCUCCUGCAACUAUACAGAUCUCAGCCUUACAAAAGGACAAACCAACAUAAAACAGACUGUACCUCUUUUCUGAACCUCUGAGCCUUGCCUGUUAUUAUUGUGCAUAUUGUGGUGUUGUACUCAACCGGUGCUGUUCAUUUUGUAAACCCUAAUUGUAUCCUGCAGUAAGGUUUUUCAAGAAAUGCAGCAUCCAACAAACCUGUAUCUUUAUUAAUAGGGAUGAAAAUACCUACAUUUUUAUUUACAAGGUGUUUUUUUUUUCAUAAUGUCCCACUUUUAAAAUGGAAGCUUUCAAAAAAAAUAAUAAUAAUAAUAACAACAAUAAUUUAAACUGACUUGCUGUUGAAAAAUUAUGUUCCGGCCCAACCAAGGCCUGUGAAUGUGUUUAUUGCACAACACAGUCCUAAGUACUUUGAGCAAUACCAUGCCAAAAUCGGAACAAGGUAACCCUAAUUACACCUCUAUAGGGGCUCUGUUAUAUGUCCAGUUUAGUGUAUAUUUUGCAACACUUGUGAUAAUCAUGGUGGGCUUGAAUUAUCAAGACAUUUGAAUACCAUAUUUGAGUACACCUCCGCUUCCUAUGAUCACAAAUAAGCACCUUAGGUUGAGGUAACUAGCAUAGAAAGCAUAGCAUAUAGAUUUUCACAUAUAGAUGCUCUUCUAAGGCAUUGUUAUUGUAACUUGUUCAGUCUUAUAAUAAGAGGUACAUAAUAUAAGCAACAUUACACUUCCUGAUUUGUGUAAUAAGAUACUAUGUAAAACAUCUUUAAGGAUAAAUAAAAAAUAUAAA